GAAUGAGUGGCUGCCCCUGUCCACACGUUGUGUGUUUUUUUUCCUACGUUGCCAUCAGAAGGGUUUUAUAAUUAACCGUUUCCUGAAUUAUGGCCGGCCUGGCUGCCUCCCAGUUCGGACUCUACACGCAUGCCGUAGUCCGUGCCAUUCCCAAGUCGCUGUGUGCUCAUGCUUUGAGGACUGACACAGAGAAAUCGGUUGAGUUUGCGCGAAGCGUGCAGCAGCACGAGCAGUAUAUCACGGCGCUGAGACACACGUUGGGCCUGAACGUGGUGGAACUGCCAGCUGACGAAGAUCUUCCAGACUCGCCAUUUGUGGAGGACACAGCAGUGGUGUGCGGAGGGACGGCACUGGUUACCAGAACGGGAGCGCCCAGCCGUCGGAGAGAGGUGGAAGCCGUUAAGAAAGCUCUGCAGGACCUCCGGCUGAACGUCGUCGAGAUGACGGAUGAAAGCGCCACCCUAGACGGUGGAGACGUUCUGUUUACAGGAAGAGAGUUUUUUGUGGGUUUGUCAAAAAGAACCAACCAGCGCGGAGCGGAGAUUCUGGCCGACGCGUUUAAGGAUUACGCGGUUUCCACGGUUCCCGUUUACGACAAUCUGCAUUUGAAGAGUUUCUGCAGCAUGGCGGCUCCGAACCUUAUCGUUAUUGGAUCCAGUGAAGGAGCCCAAAAAGCUCUGAAGACCAUGCAGCAGAUGAGCGAUCACCGCUACGACAAGCUGACCGUCCCCGACGACGCGGCAGCCAACUGCGUCUAUUUAAACGUCCCGGGGAAAGGCCACGUCCUGCUGCACCGCGCGCCCGAGGAGUUUCCAGAAAGUGUCAAGGUGUUUGAGAAGCUGAAGGACCAUAUGCUGAUUCCCGUGGCCAACAGCGAGUUGGCAAAAGUAGACGGCUGCCUGACCUGCUGCUCCCUUCUCAUCAACAAAAAAAAUGAUCCCUGAAGCUGUUAAUUGUCACUUAAAUGACCGAGUCCGUGGCCUCGCUCUGCCACGGAGUCCCGUAUGUGUUUAGUUCAGUCUCGUAAAAGAUUAGAGAGAACUUCACCUCUUCCUUGAAUGCCGGCCUGAUUGGCUGGUCUUCACGUCGUAUCCCCCGUUACAAACGCACCAACCCUUUGUGAAUGAAACACAACGUUACGUGUCGGGAUUUCACGCUGCGUCUGUUGGUGGAGCGUUCCCUCUGAUCUCGGUUUGAUAUGUAGAUUUCUAAAGUUGAGUUCUCAGUCCAGACACCAAGCAAUUUCAGCAUCGGGGUCCCACAGCAACUCACCAGGGAUCCCUUAAAUCAGAGAGAUCGGAUUCCACGGAGGGCAUUUCUCCUCUGAUAAUGGGAGUUUUUUUACCCCGUAGUGGGAUACAUUGGAUGAAUGUGAGUAGAUUGAAUUUAUAACAUAAUGGCCUUAAAUCUUUAUACAUCCGAGCAAAAAUUAUGCAUUUAACUACAUCUAAAGUAUGUAAAACGUGAUAAAAUCAGUCAAUUUAUUCCAGAUUAGUAAAAACCAUCAAUGGUGCCAUGACAGCAAUUAUCUGACAUAUUACAGGCAGGACAAACCCCCCGCCCCGCUUCUAUCGAUACCAUGCGGGAAUGAGCUGCCGGGGGAGAUCUCAGGAGGUUUAUAAAAUAGAGUGCAUUUAGUGCGACCCUCGCAGACAAUAUUAGUGAACAAUUUAUGACAAAUGAAACAUGUUGAGGAGAAUCUGUUGAUAUUGUAAAUGAACGACGGUUUCAUAACAGAACGCUGGAGAAUUCAGACAAUAAAUGAAAUCCGCAGA